UCUGACUGCAGCCAGGCAAGCCUUGGCUUCCCCAGGCUUCUUUGAGAGUAGCAGAGCAGGCUCCUCUCCCUCUCCGUCUGUUUAAAACUUUGAUCUGCUUGGGAGAGGAGAGCAUAUGGUCCUACAACUGGCUUGAGAGAGGGAAGAAAAUACUUGGCCUUGCACCAUACAGACAGCCUGCCUGCGAACCUCUGACUAUCUCCUGUCCAGCUAUGGAGCGCUGGGUUCUCUUCUCUCUGUCCCUCCUGGUCUACCUGUAUCUGGAGGUGGCUGGAGCUGGGGCCCAGGACCAGAGAGGGCUGGCUGGCCAGGGUCGGAGGAGGAGAGGGCCAGGGGUCCCGGAGCUCAACCAGCCCCAGAGAGGAGGGCUAGAAUGGGGGAAGAGGAGGAAGGCAGGAGGGCUCAGGAAGGGGAGAGCCAGGGGGAAUCAGCAAUCUCAACCCCCCCUUGGUCUGACAAGGCUGGAGAGCCUUCCAGCCAACGCUGGAGCGUCUAUUUUCAUUGAGUCAUACAAGAGUGUUGACGAGAGACAGUCUAACUACAAUGUCAUCCCAGGUAAACAGGGCCAGUGUGUGUACCAGGGCAUCACCAUGUUUGAGCAGGCCGUCUGGUCCCCCAAGCCGUGUGUCACCUGUCUGUGUAGUGGAGGGGAGGUGCUGUGUGACGAGGUCACAUGUCCUCCUCUACGAUGUCACUUCCCCUACCCCACCACUGGGGAGUGCUGCCCUGUCUGCAUGGACACAGCUUCCCGUGGCGACGUCCCUGACUUCUCUGGCGAUUCCCCAGUAGCCAACGACCCUGACCCUGUGACCCCUGACCUUGACCCCAUCCUUGACCCUGUGGUGCCCCACACGCAGGCCGAGAUUGAGCUCCUCCUGAAUAGAGAGGAGGAGGAGGAGAAGGAGAGGAGGCAGAAGGAGAGACAGAGGAGGCAGGAGGAGAGGAGGCAGAAGGAGGAGAGGAGGCGCGAGAAGGAGAGGAGGCGGAUGGAAAAGGAAGAGCGGAGACAGGAGGACGCAAGGAGACUGAAGGAGGAGGAGGCCAUGAAGGAGAAGGAGAGGAAGCUGGAGGAGGAGAGGAGAAGACAUGAGGAGGAGCUGAAGGAGAAACUGAGGGAACUAGCGGAGCUGGAAGAGGAAGAGGAAGAGGAGAAGGAGGAGGAGGAGGAGGAGGAGAUGGAAUGGCUGCUGAGAGGAGAUGUUUUCCAAAUGUUUCCAGAUGAGCCGACCGGAGAGGACCUCCUUCCUCCUCCCCUAGCUGAGCCCACUGACAGAGAAGAGGAGGGAGUGGUGGUAUGCAGACCUGGGAUCGCCCUCCCACUAGGUUGUGAUAUCUCUGAUGUCACUGUGACGUGUGAGAACGCUAAACUGACCAACUUCCCUCCUCUGAACAUCCCUGAACUCAAGUCCCUAAGUCUGGAGGGUAACUCCAUCACAACCAUCCCAGUAGGUGCGUUCAACGGCAUCCCCAACCUGGAGUCCAUCAACCUGGGAAAGAAUAAGCUGACAACUGCUGGAAUCGCCCCACACACCUUCAAUGGUCUGAAGUUCCUGAGCCGUCUGUACCUGGACAACAACCUCCUAGAGACGGUCCCAAUGGAUCUCCCAUCCACACUACAGGAGCUGAAGAUCAACGAGAACCACCUCAAAGGGAUCGAAGAGAACAGCUUCCAAGGUCUGAGCAACCUGUUGACCUUGGAGUUGGAGGGGAAUGUCCUGAGUGAAGGGAAUGUGGAUCCUCUAGCUUUCAGCCCCCUCUCCCAGCUCUCCUACCUCCGUCUGGGCAGAAACCACUUCAGGAUCGUCCCCCAGGGCUUGCCCCCAUCUCUACUGGAGGUUUAUCUUGAGAACAACCUGAUAGAAGAGAUAUCCGACUCAGUCUUCAACCAAACCACUAACCUGAACGUGGUCUCACUGAGACACAACAGACUGGAUGAGUCCAGGAUAGCACCUCUAGCAUGGAUCAACCACAAGAACCUGGAGUCCAUUGACCUAUCCUACAACCGUCUGUACCUGGUCCCAUCCUACCUGCCCAGAGCUCUGGUCCACCUGGUCUUGGUAGGGAACCAGAUCGAGAGGAUCCCAGGGUUUGUGUUUGCCCACAUGGAGCCGGGCAUAGAGUACCUGUACCUGUCCUACAACAAGCUGGAUGGGGAGGGGGUUGAGCCACAGUCCUUCUUGGGCACGUACACCUCCAUGACAGAGCUGUGUUUAGACCACAACCAGCUGAUCACGGUUCCCCCUGGUAUCAACCAGAUGAGCACUCUGCACUUCCUCCGCCUCAAUGACAACAAAAUUAGGACGUUUGCAGAGGAUGCUAUCUGUGACCCCCAGAAGGACGAGGAUGUUAACAUAGUGACGCUGCGUCUGGAGAACAACUACAUCGACCCCAGGAAGGUGUCCCUCACCGCCUUCUCCUGCGUACGAUCCUACUCUAGCAUCGUCUUGAAACCUCAGUGGACCAAGUAACAUGCUUCUUUUAACACUGUGUUAUUAUAUUAAAAGUAAAAAAAAAAAAAAAAAGGUAACUAAAUCGCCAGUUGUGUUGAAACCUCAGUGGAUGAAGUAAAAUGCUUCUAACAUUGUGGCUGAAUUCCGAACAGACCCCUUAGCCGCUUCCCCUGUAGAUCUGAUAGGUGGAAACAAUAUGGCUACAUUUCCACAAAGCUAAUCAGAUGGCAAGAUCAAGUAAUAAUCAUAUUGGUUCAGCCAAUCACAAAGGAAGAAUAAUAAAUGACCACGAUCCUCUCAGAUCAACAGGAAGUCCACGUGGAAUUCAGCCUCUGUCUGCUAUUCUAGUAAAAGUCCAAAACCAAAUAAACUGUCACUGGCCGUGUCCGAAAUCUGUCAGGUAUGGGUAUUGACAGUCUAUCACUAAAUCACCACCACCAGCCUCCAACUGUAUCUCAUUAUUACCUAGAGAUGCUUACAACCUGCUGAUGGUCACUUUGACAGAGCGCCACAGUUCCUGCUACACAUGUUAAUAUUACCGUAAAGUAAAAGGUCGAAUCGAACCGAUUUACCUUCUUAACGAGCGGGUCAUGACCCACAGUAGGGAAAGACUCCACUGUUGUACAGUGCCUUGCAAAAGUAUUCAGCCCCCUUGGAUUUCUUCACAUUUUAUUGUGUUACAAAGUGGGAUUAA